UUUGAAGUGGGCAGGAUCGAGCAGGCUACAUCAGAGAAUAUAUAUAGAUAUCUGUGGUACAUCAUGGCAACAGGAAACAAAACUGGAAGCAAGCAGCACUUCUUAAGUGGCAAUCCUUGAUCAGGUUACGCAUAUUGAAGAGAUACAAUAUCCCCAGUUUUGACUGAUGCACAUCCUUUUGGUGAUUGAUCGGCCGGUCAUGGUCAAUGGAGCUUCUGAUGACAUAAAAUACCCUGUCAACACUCGGAUGUUAGCGCAUUUCUUCUUUUGUCUGACUCUGCCUCUUGUAACAAGAUCGUCUUUGCAAGUUUUGGCUGUUGACGACGUCAGGCUUGGCAACUGUAAGACGUGUGCCCAUGCCACGUUUAAUUUGCGUCUUUUCACAGUGGCUAGAAAAUCAUAGCAGGUUUUCACAGCCAAGUAGACGUACAUAAUGGCCAGCAUUGGCAAAGAAGAUUUUUCAUCAAGGGCUGCAAUGACAGACUUGGCAAUCAAUAUGGCUGACAAGCUUAUUGACGCAUUUCAGAAAGUAGCAGAUGGUAGUGGAGAUGGUGCUUGCGAAAGCCCUCAUACUGGACUUGCAAGUUAUGGCAGCCAUUCUGGGGACCAAGGCACAGAAAAUGAUAACAACGAUGGAGAUGAAACCUGGCAUGAGAUGGUAGAGGAAGAUGAUGAUGCAGAUGAAGCAGAGGAGGAAGAGGAUGGUUUGGAACGAGAAAACAUAGAGACACUUAUCAGCCCUAUAGGAGCUCAUGGCUUUGAUGCCCACCUUGCCUCACAGGACAGUGACGAAGAAGGAAGUGAUAUCAUUUUUACCCCAGCACGGGCACUUCAGUUUGAUGGCUCUGAUGGAGACGAUCAGCCAACUGUAGAUCAAAAGUACUUGCCCAGAAGAGUUUUCAUUCAGUCGGAUUUUACACAAGGCCGACCAGAAUUGCAUGGGUCAGAAGAGGCAGACUGUGUUGCACCUGGAGCAGGUCUUGGAGCAUACUUGGUCGAUCAGUCUCAGAAUGUUCGAAUCAUCGAAGGCCAUGAUGACAUUGACAAAGGUGCAGCAUUUAUAUCUCAGCGAAACACAUUUCUUCACACCCAGCUGGUGCAGUUGCCCAUCCUCAUAGCUGAUGACUACCUCAAUCAGACAGCAAAUCUCUACGACAGUCUGGAGAGAGAUGACCAUUUCUUUCCAGAAGAUGGUGACCGGGAACAUGGCAGCUUUAAAGAGGGACAGGACCAAAACAACAGAGAAUCAGUCAGCGGCGAAGGCGAAAUGUCUGGCAAGACUCUCCAGUCAGACCUGGGAGAUGAAAACACUGAUCACCAGCAUGCCAUAGGCUACACUUAUGGUGGGCAGCAGUUUGCAUCCAGAUUGUUACAGGCCACAGAUGCCAGUGAACAGGAGAAAAUAGAUAAUGACGACACAAUUUCUAAGGCUCUUUCCACAUGCACAGUAACAAUGGUGGAGGCUAGUCAGCUCGAUGGGCAGCAUCAGAUCCAUGGUGAAAAUGAUGAUGAAGAUGAUACAAACUCCGUGAAAGAUGAGGACCAUGAUGCUCAGGCAUUUACAGCCCCUUUUCUGGUAGCUGUGCAUGGGCCAGCUUCAAAUUCCAAAGCAUUUGGCAGUGACAAGACCAGCUUGAUGGGGUUGGAACAAAAUCAGGUGACUGGUGCCAUAACCAUCAGACAAGGAAAUGCAGCUAAUAUAAGGAACAACAGGAAGUCAGUUGUGGAGGUUGUUGCAGGAAGGUCCAGGAACCAACAAACUGCCACACACAGAACAGGAGUAGGGCCUGGCACAGGUGGCGAUAGUAAUUCGCAGCAGGUCUGUCCUCGACUGAGUCGUGCAGAGCAGAGGCUGACAGCUGCAGGAAGCAGUAAUGUUAUGCACGGCCGCAUGUCUUAUGUCAGGCAGCCAACCAAUGGGGCCCAGAGACCAGCUGUUCAAGGCUCUGCCUCUGCACAGACUGCCAAUCAUGUCCUUCAUGUGGGUGAUGCAGCAGCUGUUGGUGGAGAUGGGGAUGGUGCAGGUGAUGGAGAGAGUUCAAAUUCCAUGCCUCCACCACAAAUAGGAGUAUCUGUUGUGGGAACUUCCCUACAGUCCAGGACGUCCUCCCAGGGCUCAGUCCAGUCAGGAAAUAGUGGCAACAGCCACAGUCGUGUCGGUGGGGUGGGCAAAGAGUCGAACAGCAGCCACAACACCGUUCCUUCAUCCAGACCAGCAAUGCCUAGAUCUGCAGACCACAAACGUGGUGGCAAUGGUGUGAGGCAAGGAUUACCACCACAGAAUACUCUACCUCAAACCCAGCUCCCACAGAAUUCUCUUCCCAACAUGGCCAGAUCCACUACCCACUUGCACUCUGAACCAAAGUUAAAGUCUGCAGGGAAGUCCACUGCAAGUGCACUGGAUAACAGAACCUUGCUUCUGCAAAAACAAAAGCAGUUACAACAUGAACAGCAACAGCUGCUUAUUCAACAGAAGCAGCUACAACAGCGGAUACAACAACCACCACCUGGGUCUAUCUAUCCUCCAGAUGCAGACCAGUUUAGUCAUCACUAUCCAGAAGUGGUUACAACGCAGCUAAGUAAAGGUAGCACCACCAGCAUCAGCGUUGAAAUGCAGGGAGUAGAGGAAGUACGCACCCAGUUACAGAGCAUGCUCAAACAUCCAAAAGAUUCAGCGCCUUUUGACCACCAAGGCUUUGACUAUGCUGAUUUAGGUACAGACCAGUUGCCAGAUAGGCAUGGAAGUCUACAUGAUGUUGAGAGCAGUUCUUUGUCAGGGAUGAAAGGAUUUGACGAGGUGUCAGAUAUGUUUGAUAGUUUCCCGAGUUUCUCUUACAAGAUCUUUUCUGACAUGUCCCGAGGUGAUGCUUCUGUGCAUAAUGAAAAUGCUUACCUCCGAGAUUGCCUUGAAAAAGAACGUUACCGGCGGAAGCAUUGUGAACAGCAGAUACAAAACCUGAAUGCAAAGCUUUUGGAGCUUCAGCAGCAGCUGGUUGUUGCUGUGUCCACCGACAAGCGCAAGGACCUCAUGAUUGAUCAACUUGACAAGCAACUGGGAAAAGUUGUAGAAAGAUGGAAGAGAAGAGAAGCUGAGAAGGAUGAAUACAUGCAGAUGAUGAUGAAGGAGAAGUUGCAGAUUGAAGAGACACUUCAGAAACAGCAAACAAUGAUAGACAGUUUUGAGAAAGACUUGGCAAGAACUGUAGAGGAACUGAAACAAGAGAAAGAGAAGUCUUCAGAGGUUGUGGACAAGAUGAAAGAAGAGCUGUCAACUGCCGUUCAUGCUCGGAAGCAUGCUGAAGAUCUACUUUCUGCUGAAAAGGAGCGAGUGAUGCUCAUGGAAAAAGACUGGGAACAACUGAAGGAGUCACGGGACUUGGCCGAGAAAAGAGCACAGCAGGCACAGGAACGACUGCACCAGGAACAAGACAGCUGGUACCAGAGAGAGAAGGAGCUGCUGAACAAGAUUGACCAGGUGAAGGAUGCCAACCUGAAGGUCAUGCAGAUGGAGCAUGCAAAGCAUGAACAACAAACAAAGAAGAUGGAAGAGCUAGAAGAGAAUCUUCACAUGGCUCAAGCAGAUGUCAAGAAACUCGAGAUGGAGGUGGACUGUGCCCUUAGGGAAAAAGAAAGUCUGCGAGUUGAGAUGGCAAUAGCAGAGGCUAAGUUUGAGAAUGCCCAAAGAACCUUGGAAGCAGAUUUGCAUGCACAGAUGGAGAAGGAGAUUUCUGAGCAACUGAAGGAGGUUCAUGAAAAAAUGCGAUUGGAGCAGGAAGGGACAGCUGAGAAACAUCGCAGAACAGUGUCUGAACUUCAUCAGAGACACCAGCGAGACCUUGAAACACAACUAUUGGCUCUACGACAGGACACUAGCCGCAAAGAAGAGGACCUCCGGCAGCAGUUGGCAGAGCAGGAAAAUCAGUUGAGUAAGUUCCGGCAAGAGAACACUUCACUGAAACAGGCAAAACAGAAGCUAGAAUCUCAGAGGGUGGAAGUCUUGGCCAAAUUGCAGUUCAUUAUGCAAUCUCAGUGGAAUGAGGCUGUAUCCCUUCUAGUUAGCACACCACAACGUAAGAACUUGAACACUUCUAUGGCAUCAUCAGUGGGGUCAGCAAGCUUUGCCAGCCUUUUAACAUCUCAGACUGUUCCUGACACUUCAAGCUCCCAGCUCCAUUUAGCACCAGCAGCCAACUUGUCAGCCUCCUCUUUCAGCAGUCCACAAGCAACCAGUCAAAAUUCUGACAAAACUGAAGUUCAACAUGAAUCUACAGGUUCACCCCACUUGGCAUCAGGAUCAUCGCGUUCAUCUUCGCGUCUGCACCAGACAAGCCAUGCAGAUGAUAGGGAAAAUCAUGUGGGCAGUAGGGCUGUUGUGUCAUGUGGUGGUGCCAUCAUGACACUUGAAGACAUCGCUGGCCUCUUGUCUCGAGGAGAUGGAGAUUCUUCCACUAUCCUCACCAGGAAUAUCCACGGAGUUCUGCACAACAGUGGCCUCGUCAAUCAGUCCCAAGUGCAGGAAAGUGAGGUCCGGCAGCGCCAGGGCCAUCAAGCUAUCCCAGCAUCCUUAUCAUCAACUCAUGCCACCAUGAUCCGUCCUCCUCAGCAGUUUUCCCACUCUUUGCUCAGCACUGCGGAGGAAGUUUUGGCAUCCUUCGCUGAGGAACAGCCUCAUGAAGACUUCAGUUUCAUCUCCACUCGGGAUAUCCCAAGCAGCCACAAAGACUUACCUCGCAGAAGGCAACAGAAUGGCUGCUCAGGCCGCCGAAGCAAGGAUGUCGAGAGAAGCAACAAUGGAUACAUGGUGCAAAAGGAAGAGGACCUGCAGUUGCAAGCACGACACCCAUUGGAUGUGGAACGGAGCCUUGCUCUGAGCGAUCUUGACAGCACAAGCUCCCAUUCUACUUUAAGAAAUGCUUGGGUGAGUCAAAACAGCAUCCACUGUAACCACAGGGAGGAACCUGCAGAGUCGCAAGCACAACCUCAGGAUGAAGAUGUUUUUCUGUUGGAACGCCGCAUCGAGUGCUUGUCUCCUCCUGUGAAGCAAAGUCGAGAUGGAGAACGGGAGUCGGAAAGUGUCUUGCAAGAGAGCAACAGACUGAAUGACAGCUAUAGAGAAAUAUCCAGGCAGCUGGAGGAACACCAGGCACGACAGAAGGAGCUUCAGCAUUAUAUCAAGAUGCUGCUGGAUAAACCACCUCGCAUGGUGAAUGAAAAACCAGAGAGAGAUAAUCAUGUGGACCCUGACUCAUUGGAGACUUCACGUGAAACAGUUGAUUGGGAGCUAACUGAAGCAGCCCAGGCAGCACAGAUCAGCACAGACCUACAUCGCUUACAACAGCUGCGCAACAGACAGGUGGCAGAAGUUGUGACCCAGCCACUGUCACCACAAACGUCACAAAGGAGGGACAGAAUUGAACGAUCUGGAGCUGCAGGCUCCUCCACCAGACAGGCAGCAAGUCUGCCUCCAGGGUCUCUUCAAGCACAACAGCUGGCUGAACUCUCCUACUUACUCAACCACUACCAGGAAGGCCUUGAGAUCCAACCUGGACAUCCCUUGACCGCUGCAGCAGCAUCAUCCGCCUCCAUCGCACACAUUCUGAAUUUCCUGGCUUCUGCUCAACAGCAGACUGAGCAGGUGGCUGCAGAUGGGAGACAGAGCAGCAGUGCCAGAACUUCGCCCAGGUGCAACCACACACAGCGAACUAGAGACCGACACAAGGCCAAGAAGAAUGGUGACAGCAGGCACCACUCUGUGGGUCCUGAAACCAGCCUCUCCACCUCAAACUUGUCAGAGAGAAAUGAGAGAUCAAUGGCCUCCUCUGUAAAGUCCAAUUCCUCUCGAAAGGCAGAGAAAAAAUCAGAAAAACUACCCACAGCAGCUCCUUCCAUGAAACCAGCAGUUCGCCCUCAAGGAAAAGAUCAUCCUGUGUGGAAGUAAAGUUUGCAAGCAUAUGGGGAGGUUGGGUAGGAAGAGGUCAGGGGUAACCCAGAUUAGCAAGGACAAGGAAGAUUCAUCAAAUAUGGACAAAGUAACAAAAUAUCCAGCGUGAUCAUCGUACAGGAAAAAUCCAUGUUGCACUGAUUAAAGGGUGACAUGAAAUUAACCAUUUAAAAUGAAGUUUUAUGAGAAAAGCAUGUGAACUGACUUAAAAUUGUAACCAGAUUUCAUUGAGAGCUGCAGGCUCGUGCAAGAGAGGAACUUCUACAAAAGUGAGCCUUGUUAUGAUGCUGCAGUGUUUCUAUAUCUUGUAAUGAAUUAUAUAUAUAUAUCCAAUCACUAAAAAAGCCAAAGUGGUUUGCACUUGGGUUAAACUUUUAUAGUUCAUUUAAGAACUCUUAAGAACUGUAAAGAGUUCUUCUAGUGUUGGAUAAACGACUAAUUCACUUGCUUUGGACAUAGUCUUGGCCCUACCUGGCAAGAAACAAAUGGCUUUGUUUUCUAAAGUUUAAGGUUAAGAAGAAUGAAAUUGUUGGUCUUGAUAAAAAUGUUUUAAAUUAUGUUUUUUCUAUGCUAGAAAUCAUUUACCUUCUGUUCAUGAUUCCUCGGGUGAUGUUUGUUACAUUUCUGCUUGAGAUGAUGAAUUGACAUUGUUUAUUUCUCAUGCUUGUCAGGUGUUUAUUGUAAAAAUGAUUGAUUUAAUUUUUGGUCACAAGAUCGUACUUUGAUAUUCCAUGGAUCUUGCUUCUAUUGUAAGGAAUUUUGUGAACUAGAUCAAAGCAUAUGCACUGCCGUCCUUGUAAUUGCAUACAAAGUGGGUUGUGAUACUCCGUUUUAGAGUUUACCAUAAUGCGUUUGUGAUGGCGGUUGUUUUUAAUAGAUGUAAUAUCAUGGUUAGCAAAUGCUUGAAUUUAGCUGUGAACUUAUAGUUUGUUAAUGAACAAAUCAUUUGAAUUAAAUUUGUUUUUCAUCUUA